AUGAGUCCAAAUCAGCCUCUGGUUGAAAUUGCGCUGGAUAACAAUCGCAUUGCGCCUCCUCCCCCGUUCAAGGCGGCAGAUACCCGACUGGACGCUCCCGCUGAGACAGUACCAGCGACGGUUGCGGGAGCGCGACAAGGUGGGGAUUUCGCGGUACCACCCCAGGCCGACGCGCUCUCGCGAGCCUCCCACUCAAAUCCGAUUGCAUCGAUAUCGCCUACGCCUGCCAGCGAUAUUGCUGUUGAUUCAACAGCGGGAACUACAACCGCCCAUGCCGUCGUUGUCGCAGCUAUCGCCAAAAUGCAGCGCACCUCUGUCGACCGCGACGAUGGCUCUACGCAGAGCCAUCCGCACUCAAACACCGAUUCGCAAGAGACCACCAUGACCACUUCUACAGAUCCCGCAUUCACACCUCCAGCCAGCGAUGCCAGCAACUGCGCACCCGGCCCGUCAAGUCAGGACAGUCAGUUGUUACAGCUGUCAGAGAUUGCUGCUGCUCAGCACAGAAUCGCAACAGAUCCCACAAAUUCACGGAAGCGAAUGGCCGAUGGAGAGGUUAAAAGCCGGACGGAUAGCCAGAGUCCCGUGAAGGGCCAUUCAAGAAACCCAAGCGCUGUGAGCAGGACAUCAGCAGCAGGUGGCCAUAUUGGAGAGUUGUCCAACGAGUUAAAGACGCGUCUGUCAUAUGCCAUGAUCAAGGUUAAUAAGGGUUGGCAAUCAAACUCACUUGAAGAAGUCGAGAAUAUGGCGUCCCAGGCCGCAUCUCCAGUUUCAACCACGUCGACAAUACAUAACCGACAGGGUUCCUCGGCAAGCCCUCGAAUACCCAUGAGCAACCCACCGUCCUCGUCAGCUCCUCUACCACAUCCAUACGGCGCUGCUAGCCAACGUCGAAAAUCAAAUACACCUCCAAGUUCAUCUUGGAACAAGCCUGCACUGGCGCCUCCAGCACCCAUCCGGCCGUCAGUCCUCGUGCCUAACUCCCAUGCGAACCCACGCCGCAACUCCCACCCCAAUCGAACUCCGAAUAUGUUGACACAUUCUCAUUCCGCUUCACCUCACACGCCUGGUCAACCCUCAACUGUGCCGCAUGGGCCCAAAUCGCGCGUCAUGGGCGACCCUGUUCUCAUGUCACCGCAUCAAAAUGUUAGGGAACAAGAUGCUAUUGAGACUUUGUUGUUCAUGAGUAGUCCAGGCAACUCUGCCAAUCUGAAGCACGCUUUCUCUCCGACGGGAUCACCGGGGCCAAAUGCUGGUAUGGCUCGACCCCCUCCCCCACGACACGCGUUGCCUUCAGGGCCGAGAAAACCGCUUCCCACAUCACAGCGGCAACCUCAGCAAACGCGAAAAGCUCCUUAUGAUAAAUCACCCAUGGCCCCGCCACCUGGAUCACCAAUGGACCUGGAUUCACCACAGCAACAUUAUGCUGCACAGAACAGGGCAGCACCUAGAAGGCGAACCAUUGGUAGCCGAAGUCAAUUAAGAGGGACUCUCUCUUUGCCAAGUGGUAUCGGGCUAGGGAGCGGGAAAACAAGAAAGCCAUUGAGAGAUGAGGAUAUAGAAAGGAUGCUGGACAAGGCGAGCGUGGAGGCAGCCGACAGCUCUGAUGAUGAGGAGAUUCUGAUUCCAAGACGGGCUGUCGCGGGAGUCAUGCAGUCAUAA